AUGGCCUGUCGGCAUCUGGCCCUCCUUCUGACUGGGGUCCUCCUGGCAGCCUCCCAGCCAACCCUGACCCAGCCGGACACACUGCUGGUCUUCCCAGGCCAAGUGGCCCAACUCUCCUGCAUGCUCAGCCCCCGCCAUGCCAGCGUCGGGGACUACGGCGUGUCUUGGUAUCAGCAGCGGGCAGGCAGCGCCCCCCGCUUGCUCCUCCACUACCGCUCAGAGGAGGACCACCACCGCCCCCCUGACAUCCCUGACCGCUUCUCAGCAGCCACAGAUGCAGCCCAUAAUGCCUGCAUCCUGACCAUCAGCCCCGUGCAGCCUGAAGACGCCGCGGAUUAUUACUGCUCUGUGGGCUACAUACCCUAG